UUUCAUUCGCAAAAGGCCAUUCCUAAAAAUGAUUCGUGUACAUCUUUCCGUGGUCCCGUUAAUAUUAUUGGGUGUUUUUGGCAGCUCUAAUAGUCACAUGUAUUACGCAGUACAAGAUCAAUUACGUACUGGAGACCCAUUAUUUCAACAAAUGAGCGUAUUGGCGUUGGAGAAGUACGGUUCACAUGAGCCUUUGAAAGUUGUAAGCGUGAAAAAUGUGUACGACGAUCAUAACCAAGGAAGGAAAUACCAUUUGAUUUUUACUGCGGGAUCGCCGGCUUGUCUUGGCGCCUGUAUUCCUAAAUUGGAGUGCGCUGCCCACAUUAUGAAAUCUGAAAACGGUGCAAUAGCAGUCCAGGAGGUGGUCUGCAACGAUAUACCACCAGGUCAGGCCGAACAAGAGCACGCGCUUAAUUGAAACGACAGUAAAAUUUUAUUAACGUGUUGUGCCUGCCAGCUGGUGAUUCGAAACCUUGAUUUAUUUUUAAAUCUGGUUUAUCACAAGGUUUUCUUAAACGUCAAAAUUCUGUAGGUUUCUUAAAACGUCAAAAAAUCCCGAAAAUACUUGAUUUGUUAUUCGCGAGAUAUGUAAUCUUACUUGUACCAACCGCGUAUCUUUUGCCUAGCUAAAAGGUCUCAUUAGCAGUUUUUUUGCUCUUAAUAAUUUGCAAAACUUUAUUAUAAACGUGAAGAAUGGGCGUCUUUUGCUGAGGGGUAGCAAUGAUAUAGUAUUUAUAAAAGUAUUUGAAUACGUAUAAUACAUUUCUUGAAGUUUGACGCUAGGAGAAAUGCUUGUCAUAUUGACUUCUAUCAGAAGGUGUUCGAAAGGAAAAAGAAAAUUAAUUGAACAUUUAAUUAAAUUCUGAACAUUAUUUCUAAAUCGAGAAAAUGUCGUAGCUUCCGUAACAAUUUACAAAUACUAGUUAGAAGUUUUGUUCUGCAGUCUUUUGUCCUUUCUAUGAGCGAUGCCAUACAGGCGGUGCCGGUGCCUUGCGUCGUCGCAGCGUUAUGAUUUCAACGCACCAAAUGCCACAUGAGUAAUGCGGUUUCGCGACGUAAUGCACGCACCGCAGCAUCCCUCCCCGCUUCAUCUCCUGGUCCCUUGUCCGAUGCUCACGCGUUCCAUCGCCGCGCGCCGUUUCAACGCAACACGUGGCAUGUAAUUCUGAUUUAUAUGUAGUACAACGCAACGACACUGUUCAGGCGUCGCAACAACAACAACAAGGUGAUGCAAUUCAUCGUCUGGCAUCGCUAUAAAAUCGGAAAUUGUUCUCCCUUGGACAGUUUACAAAUACUGUCUUGCACAGCCACUUAUGUAAACUAAUGCAGAAGUCCGGUUCGGCAGUGUCAUUACCUUGUCUUGUAGUUAUCAUUUUUGAAACCUUUAAUUAUUUAUAUGAACUUAUU